GUAAAGGAUAGAACAAGAAAUUGAGAAUCUUCAAUGGCGAUUCUAACUUCUUCUUGUUCAUCGAUUUUUCUUCCCAAUUUAAUUUCGAGACAAAAUCACUGUAAUUCUGGAAUAAUUUUCCCUAAUUUAAGAAACCCUAGAAUCAGCAAAUCAAAUGUACAUCUCUUUUCUAAAACCAAAUUCCAAUCCCUUAUUUAUAGUCAACUCUGUACAAGUGAGAAAACCCUUACUUUAGAUACCUCUGCUUUAGAUAUUUCUGUUGCUGUUACUGAAGAUGAAAUUUGGGCUUCUGCUUGCCUUCGAGUUCGAUCCUUCUAUGAUUUCAAGCAAUCUUUUGGUAUCGAAGAUCACAAGAAGCACUUGGCCAAGCUUGAAUUUGAAGCGUCCAAAGAACGCAUCGCCGGGACAACGGAAGGAUUUAAAAGGGUGUGUUGCGUAAAUGUCACUCUUCCAUUGUCACGCAUGUCGAGCUCUUCGGAUGAACUAUGUUCAGCAUGCAAGUAUUCUGCUAAUGGAGAAGACCGAGUAGUCAUUGGAACUCUUGACAUAAACCAGUGCGUGAGACUUCCGGAUGAAAUAACAGGGAAGAGGCCACAGGGCAGUGGUGCUGAUGUUUCAAGGGCAUAUUUGAGCAAUGUAUGUGUAGCCAAGGAGCUGCAGAGAAACGGUCUCGGUUAUUUAUUGGUAUCCAAGUCAAAAAAAGUUGCUCAAGAAUGGGGCAUAACUGAUCUAUACGUCCAUGUAGCUUUUGAGAAUGAACCAGGGAGAAGGUUGUAUGAAAAGAGUGGUUUUGUAUAUGAAAGUGAUGAGCCAGCUUGGCAAGCUAGGUAUCUUGAUCGACCAAAACGGAUUCUUCUAUGGUCUGAUCUGGCUCUCUAUGGUCUGAUCUGGCUCGCACUCACAACUCGUAGUAUAACAUAUAAUGUCCUAAUGUUCCUAUUCUGUUUUGUUAUAAUUACACUGGUAUUCUGCUUUCAAUAUGAUAUACUAAUUUUCGCGUUUCACCUUUCCCAUCAGCAGCUAAUGUUCAUAGCAACAUUUUUGGGACACAAAUAUCAGAAACCGAAGGGAAUUUGUAUGAAUACAGAUGAAAGACGUUUACCAUGUAUCAAACAUUCUUUUGAUUCUGGUGGAGUUGCUGUGGUGUUAGUAGAAAUGGAUGCUGACGAUAACACUUCAAUUAUGAACGCCCAACAAGAAAAUGUGGGGAAAAUCGAAUUUGACAGGAUUCAAGCACAGAUUGAACAACAAGCUGGAUUUGCUAACAACCAUGAUGAUGACGAGGAUGAGUCCGAUGAUGAGUUCGAUGUAGUAGUUCCUCUAGAUGAUUGA